UUAUCGCGACGAUGGCUUCCCCGGCGAUCGCGUUGUUGUAUCCUACUCUAUUAGCGACCCUCGCGACGGAUACAAAUUACACGCUUUUCGCCGACGAACAUGGAACGGCGUUCAUGAUCGAUGUCACCGACCCUGUACCUACGUCGUCGGAACUCGACGAGAUCGAGGAAACUGCUCUCAAGACCUCCUUCUUAUUAUACACUCGAAACAAUCCGCAAAUCGGACAGCAGUUAAUUAUCAACGACAAGAAUAGCGUGGAGAAUAGUUUUUGGAAUCCUGAACAUCCCACUUGUAUCAUUACUCAUGGAUGGCGGGGAGAUGUAGAGCCUGGAUCAGCUUGUGCCUUGAUUCGAGAUGCUUAUCUCAGCAUUGGCGAUUACAACAUCAUCCUGGUUGACUGGAGCAAAGCGGCCGGAAAUCUCUGGUACUGGAAAGUCGUAAAAAGUGUACCGCUUGUGGCGGGACAUGUGACUAGAUUGAUAAAUUUCCUGGAAAAAAGUGCAGAUCUGGAUACUUCCAGAACCAGGCUAAUAGGACAUUCUUUGGGUGGACAUAUUGUCGGCAUCGCCGCUCGUAACGCCAAUAAUGAUAUCGCUGAAGUGAUGGCUUUAGAUCCUGCAAAACCCUCAUUCGAUUCUAAAGGACCAGGCGAAAGAGUGGAUAAAACGGAUGCGAAUGUGGUGCAGGUAAUCCACACGAGUUCUCUCGGCAUCGCGGAACCGAUCGGCGACUCCGAUUUUUAUCCGAACGGCGGUAGCAAGCAGCCGGGAUGCAGCAAGAUAGUGCCUGCGUGUGCGCACUCGAGGUCUUACGAGUACUACGCCGAGUCCAUUGUAAACCCAACAGGUUUCCGCGCCGAAGAUGUAUAUAUGGGCGGACCAAAGUUCGAUCCAAAGGCGCAAGGAACGUACAUUUUACAGACUCGCAAAUCAUCACCGUUCGCACUCGGAUGACGAUUGAUCGUCUUAUAGCUACCACUCCUGUAAAUAUUUCUACGAUAAAAUAAAUUUUCUUACAAAC